AUGAUUGUCGGGCUUUACAAAAUAGUAGACGAUCUUACUGAAGACAGCGGAACAUGUUCAUCUGGAUGCUCCUUGAUGUCCCUCGGCGUUCUAAUGAAGGCAAUGAAAAGAAUGAAACUAUUUCAGCCAAUACCAGCAUCGCCCUUUCAUGGCUAUAGCGUCAUGGCAAUGCAGAGAGCUCUAUUCGAAAUCCAGGACCCAGAACUUUAUCGACUUCCAUGCCCCAUGGCUAAAAAUGGAGACAAAGACAAUCAUCAUCUCGACACAUGCCAUCUCUCGGAGCGGAUUAGGUCGCUUCGCGGGCUGUCUUGGGUAACGAUGAAAGGGUUAAACCUGGAUGAAUAUAUCGAUGUGAGCAAAGAGACAUGA